AUGGCUCAGGUAAGACGAUUAAAUCACAGUUUGUUUGAAAUCCCCUCCCAUUCCUCUUUUCUUACAUUUUAACGGUGCCAUUUUCAACUUCAGCUUAAGAAGAUAUAUUUCAACAUCAUGUUUAAUAGUUAAAGUUGUGAUGUGUCUUUGUUAACAGGUCAGAAUGGAGAGAGACCGGAGCUUUAACUUUAAACUGUCGCUACCUACCUGGGCGAAAAAAGGGCAAAUAUCUGCGGUAAGACCUCAGGAAAUCGUUGAAAACUGCGGCGAUUUAAAGAACUCAUCAGAGCAGGUAAGUUGAUAUUAAUAUUUGAAUAUCAGUAAUAUGUAAACAUGAGGUAAUGUGUGACAUUUUAAUGCUUGCACAGCACUAGCACCAUCAUACAACCUCAUAGUUAUUAGCUACUACUUUGGCAUUGUUGUCCCUGUUUUUAAGCUGGCAGAAAAUAUUCAGAAUAUGCAGCUGUCUUCUAGAGGCUGUAAUCAUUAAUAUCUGUGAUGGUAAAGUGUGAUUGAUCUUCUCCCUCAGGGCUACACCAAGGGCUUUGACAAAGAGCAGAGUAUGAGUUUUGCAAAUGUGGCUGCACCAGCUAAACCAACCAGACAAGGUAUUUUCUGAUUAACAACCCAAGCAGCAUAACUGAAGCAAAACGGUCCAAAAAUUUUGUAAAACUUUUAAUAAAUUUGCUGUUUUCUAGUCUCACAGGACAUUUCUAAGACAAAAGUGGUGCCACCAAUGGAAAAGGAUGAGGUAAUGAUACUAAAUGGUACAUAACAACCAGACUUUUGCAACUCUUUGAUUAAAAACUCGGGACAUAUCAUUUCUUGUUGCUGUUGUUAUCUUCAGAAUAGCCACAAUCCUGGACAGCUUUGCACCAAGCUGUUUGAUGAGGUUGAGAAACUAAAGUUUUGGAAAAUCAAAGCAGACUCGGACGCUCUGCAGAAGGAGAGGAGACUCCAAGAGAACAAAAAAACAAUUGAAACUCAACGAAAAGCCAUUCAAGAAUUACAGGUGCCUGCCCUAGUGACUGGUUUUCUUUAUCUUCCUUCUUUUUGCCAAAUCGAAAUAAAAAUCCUUUUUCUUGAAGAGGUUGUUGAUAACAGGGUAACAGUAUUACACGACCCCUUUCAUAUCUGUUGAAUGUUUCUUUCCUUACAGUUUGGGAAUGAAAGUCUUAGUAUUAAGCUGGAGGAGCAGAUAAGUGAAAAUGAGGAGCUGAGGAACAAGUAUGAAGUUUAUUUAUUUGAAAAUCUCUUUGUACCAACAAGAAGGGUUGUGCCAAAAAGCAAGAUAAACAGUAUAGCAUGGUGCCUAAAGUCUGAGGCCAAAUUUUUAUCACUUAAGAUCCUCACUUCUAACCCAGAUAGAUUGCCACAGAUUGUGUCUAACACCUUAUCAGAAAGUUUUACUACAUUUUUCAUCUGUAUUGCAUUAUUAUUGAAACCAGGGUUAUCAAAGCUGGUUGAUGGUGCGAUCUCUGGAAGGGUUCAAGGUUUAGUCUAGGUCGACAUACACAGAACCUGGAAAUAACAAACUUGCUUUGUGGUACACACCCUUAAUAAUGUUUCUAGAGUGUAAUAAAACAUAACAAUCUGAUUUUUUAAAUGUGUUUCAAAAUGUUUUGACUUAAUCAAAUGUUUGUCUCUAUGAAAAAAACUGAAUACAGAAACAACGCAACAAGGAGUUUGUGUAAUAUACUUAAAGAUGCCCUUGAGCGUUCUGCUGAGAAAAUGCAGUUAUGUAAGUAAAAAUUUUUUGGUUAUUGUUGCCAGUAUUGUAAUGUUAAUCAGCCAAGUAGAAAAUGGACCCAUUUCCUCAUUUUAAAUGUCUAGUUUUUACUUUUUACAGUUGAAUCUGAAAGAGAAGAAACACACCACCUCCUCGUGGAAAACGGUCAACAUAUUCAAGUACAACACUUUCAAAUCCAUCUCAUAAUCAACUACUUAUUAGCUAAUGAUUAUUAUCUGGAAUAAGUUUGAUAACCCUUUCACCAGUGUUUUUUUUUUUUCAUCCAUAGAAACUGAUCACAGCAUUCGACAGCCUCCGCAUUCAAGCAGACGCUGAUCAGGAAGAGAUGAAGAGAGGUUUUGUUAAACUUUUGGACAUGAUUAUUUGGCUUUUCACUGUAGUUGCUCUAGAAACUUAAAAAAGUCUCAAAUAACACAAAGGUUAAAGAAAAAAAAGGUUUUAUUAAACAAAAUAACUAACCUGUUUUCUUGGUUCUUUCUAGUCAAAGAGGGCUUGCAGCAGUUUGAGAUCUUCAAAGAGAAAUGUAAAGAAGAAAACGACAUGAAAGAAAAGGAGGUAAGUUCAAUAAAACUUGUUUAUAUCUUCUUCUAUGGGACAUUAAUGUAAAAGCAAGUUUAUAAAAACACCUUUAAAAUAACAGUCAGCAGCUCUCCAAACUAAACUCGGGGAGAAGGAGAAAGAACUACAAAAGACCUCAACUGACUUCUGUGAAACCCAGAAGUACUGCAAACAACUCGAAGACACAAAAGGUAAGAUCAUCAUGUCUUUCAAGAUGAGACGACCUUAAUUUUGUUUUUCACAAUUUUCCAAAGGCAGUUAUGAUUUUACCUCUGUUUUUUUUGCCUACCAAACUUAUGUCUUCUUUUUAUUUAUUUGCUAAACAACAAAUAAAAAAAAGGUUUGAUCAACCUUAGCUCAGGUAUUGACAUGUCAACUGAACAAUCAUUUAAUGUAUGUCAUGAUAGUUCUUAGUUUGUGUGAUGUGCCUCAGCAACUUGAACAAAAUGACAAAUAUGUGAACUGAAAAUGAUGAGUUUUUAUUCAAUUUGUGCCAAAUUUACAGAUAAACAAAGUGAACUUCUCAAAAACUCAGAAAAUAAGGUGAAACGUCUCCUUCAAAAACUGCAGACUGUGGAGCAGUGCUUUAAAGACACUGAGGUGAGUGUGAUAAGAUUCAUGGAACGAAGUGAAACUUGAACUCACUGGGUGCUGCCCUGUCUGAUUAAGAAAUGUCUUUCCCUCAGGAAAAACGUGAAGCUAUUGCUGCAGAGCUGGAAAAAAGUAAAAUAGAAUAUGCCGACAUGAUUCAAAACAAAGAUUUGAGCUUGCAAGAACUCAGCAGAGUUAAAACGCAGCAGGCAGAGGAACUGGAGCAAAUUCAGACAACCAUUGAAGAGCUACAGAAUACUGUGUCCCUGGAGAAAAUGAGGUAUAAGAUUGAAAAGUCAUAGCAUUGUUCUGUCUAAACAAAAAACUCAUGCUGUGAUGUUCUUGAUAUGACUCAUUCUCAAGGGCCAAAGAACUCGAGGAUAAACUUGUCGCAAGCAAGGAGGAACUUGAAGGGGAGCGCACACUUUUAGGUAACUUUUUGAAUUCAGUCUGCUGAAAUUUUAGUGUCUGCUGUGGGAAAUCGGAACAAAAUGUUUAAAUUGACAGGAGAAACCGUGGAGCAGAGCGCAAAGAAAGAUGGACAGAUCCAAAGCCUGGAGGAUGAACUUGUAAGUUGUAGCUUAUUGUAUUCUACGGAGCAUAAUCUUUGCUGAAAGAAACUUUCUCUAAGACACUUUGUUCUUAGAUCCAAAAAUCAAAGUCUGUUGAGUCCAUGAAAAGCGAGAUUAAAACAGCUGAGGACAGAGUGAAGGAGCUUGAAGCUGAUCUUUUGAAGAAAAAUGAAGAAGCGCAGCUGUUGAAGGUAAUUUGAAUAAGAGUUUAAUCCAUAUGCUAAUAAUAACACCUGAAAGUAUAUGACACAGGUGGCCUUUUAUUGGAUGCAGAAUGAAGCAGAUCUUGCUCUUGCUGAAAAUGAUCUCCUGAAGAAGACUUGUAAAGCUGCUGAAAAGGAACGAGAGGAUUUGGAGGAGAAAUCAGCAGUCGCAGAGGUUACUAUUGGCUUUUGAUUUUCCUCCUACUCUCACACGUUGUUGAGCGAGAUGAAUAAGGAAGCAUUUGUUUAAAAGGUGCAGUGAUACAGUACAUAGCUUCUCAACAUCCUUGAUUUUGAUAUCCCCUCAGAUCGAAGCGCAGGAGCUGGAACAACAAUUAUUUUUGGAGAAGAAGAAAAAUGAAGAACACACCUCCCAGAUGGAGGCACUAAAGACAGACAUCACACAGUCUGAGUAAGUUGUUAUUGCCUGCCACUUUAUACUUUAAGUAUGCAUGAUAGCAUAUUGUAGUUUUAAUGUCUUGUGUAUAAUUUAUGUCAUUUUUAAGAAUAAAGUACGCAGAGCUGUUGUCAAACUUUAAUGGGCUACAAUCUGAGAAGAAGGCCGUUCAACAGCAGCUGGAAAGUGGAUCUUCUAAUGUUGAAGCUAUUAAGGCAAACAUUAAGGUCUGCAUUAUCUAAUCAAAUAUGAAGCAUCAUUUCCAUGAAUGCCGCAGCUGUUUACUAUAUCAUAUGGUAUUUUAUACAUUUGUGUCAUUUAGGUGAGCGAAGAGAGAGCCUUGAAGCAGAUGAGAGAAAUCCAAAAACUGGAAAAAGAAAACCAGUGCUUGAGGUGGGUUAACCCUUACAGGAGUUUUGAGACUGUAUUUUUCAAACCUUAACAUAUAUAUAUUUUUAUUCAACAGAGAGGAAUUAAACACAAUUACAACCAAAAUCCAAGGGAAACAUGAGGAAACCGAGACCCACCAGAAGACACUUGAGGAAAAAGUAAGCACGCUGACUCUACGGGUUAUUGAAAAAGGAAGGAUUCAGAAAAAUACUUUAAGGUCAAAGAGUUUAAUAAUAUUGUGUUGUGCAUAGUGUGAACAUUUGCAGGAGGAAAUAACAGAGAAAGAAAAACAAAUCAAGGCUGUGGAAACUAAGGUGACUCAAACAUUGUGAAUGAAAUGAAAUGGAAAAUGCUGUGAUCCUGUCAGGAAGUAACAAUAUUGUUUGUCUCUUUGUUUUUUAAGCUGUGCAAUCUUAGGAAAAAGUUUGAACUCAAACUUAGAGCCAAUGAGGAAUUCCAGAGAGAGGUUUGUAAGACAUUACACCUGAAGACACUGAAGGCGAUGGUUUCCUUCCUUAUUUCACUAAAAAUUCACUUGUAAACUUUCAGAACAAAACCCUUAAGAAACAGAUCGCCAAGGAAACUGCAAAGUCCAGUGAGCUUGAAAUUGAGGUAUAGGAACGUUUCUUUUUUGUUUUUGUUUUAAUUUGAAAUGAAAAAGUUUAAGGCCUUUUUCAGUAUGGACCUGUAUGAUUAUUUUUUUUUUCUGUCUAAAGAUGAACAGUAUUUAUAAAGAGUCUGAAAACCUAAAACAAGUGAAUGAGGAAGACCAUCAGAGACUGCUGAAGGACCUUGAAUCCAAAUCAACCACUGUAGCAGAGCUUGAGAAUGAGGUUAUACAUUUUACAUGGUGAAAACAAAUGUAAGAUAAAAGAGCACAGAGAGUUUCUGAAUAAAAAGAAAUAACACCUAUCUCUCCAGGUUGAAAAGCUCAAAUUGUCGACAGCUGAGGCCAUAAAGAGCAAGGAAGAUGCAGAACUCAAGUGUCAACACAAGAUAGCAGAUAUGGUUGCACUCAUGGAGAAACACAAAGUAAGACUAUUGUGAAUAUGAAGGUUUACUGUUGGAAAAUGCUCACUCAUAGCUGCAUUGUCAUUUUAAACGCUUGUUACAGUUAAAGAAAUGUGACCUCUUAUUUCUAGGGCCAGUGUGACCGGAUGGUGGAGGAAAAGGAUGCCGAGCUUGAGGAGAGCAAACAAAGAGAAAUGGAGGCUGUUGCCCAGAAGAAAUCACUGGUAAAAUGCUGUCCAUCAGAACAUUGAUACUAGUUAUUCUAAGAAAUGAGAGAGGAAUUGCACUACAGCCUAAUUUUGCAUAACCUUUUAUUUCAAAUUCAGGAGGUGGAUCUUUUAAAGAAUAAGACAGACAACGCUCAGCUGAAGCAACAGCUGAAGACCGAAGUGACACAGAAGGUAAACUGCAUUUAUAUUUGAGUCAGUUUAUUUUGAGCUUCUGACUGGAGCAGAACAUAGUUUGUGAUUUCAGAGGCUGUUCAUAUUUUGGAAAAAAAUUUCUCUGCUAUCAGGCAAACCUGCAGAAGGAACUGACUGAUCUGAAGAAAGACACGCCAUCAGUGAAAAUCGCUCAGUCGUCUGAAGUGAGAAACAAGCAGGUACAACAUCUAUAGAUGAGCAAAUAGACGACCACUAAUGACGUGUUUUGUUAUCUUAACUGACAUUUCAUCUUGAAAUUCCAGUCUCCUGCUUUAAACUAUACACCAGGGAAAUUUUCAAAUACUCCAAAAGAGACAAAGAGACAUCUCUUUGACUUCUCCAGGAGCAGAAAAAAUCACUCCAUCAGCAAUGGCAUGAGGAAUGAUGUGAGUUUAACCCUAUAAUUUUUUCAUCUGUUACUCGAUUUAGAGCAUCACCACAUCUAAAAAUCAAACCUUUAACCUCAAUGUUGUAUCUUCAUGACUUAAUUCAGAAAUAUACUUUUUUCUCUUGAGUAAAUGUGAAGCAGAGAGAUUCAGCUUGUCAAAUCUUGUCAAAUAUAAAAUGAAUGCUUUAUACAAUGCAAACCUCUGCAGGCAAUAGCUGAAUGUACACGCGAUUCUUCUCUGUUCUCAUGAGACUCGUUUCAUUACAGUAGCUUUAUGUUUUUUUCACAGGAUCAGGAAUAUGAUGUUGAAUUCAUCAGGACAGCCAACGGACCAACACCAAAGACUCAGGUGGACAAUAUUUCACUUGUUUGGAGGAAAAUGUUGACUGGCUGUUGUAAUAAUGUCUAUGAUUAAUAUGCAGAUGAGUUUGUAUUCUCUACUGCUGUUGAUCUGUUUAUACUACGACGUACUGAUUCUCAUUUUGUUUUAAAGGAAAUUCAAAAUGGAGACCUGAAAAACCCACUAAGUCUUCCAAAGAGCGCUGGAAGAUCAUCAAAGAUCAAAGUAAUAUCAGGUUUCAUUGAGACGUUCUCUAAAAAAGUGAUUGAAUAUUGACUCUUUAAAUUCCUCUGCAGUCCUACAGAAUAAGAACACCCCCUUCUACUCAGAAAGGAGCAAACUGGAGGAAGACCACCAUCGAGCUUGACCCCAAGUCUGACAGCUCUGAACUCAAUGAUCAUCUGGUGAGUCCGUUAUACCCUCCACUCUUUGGACUUCAUUCACUCAGUUGAGUGAGAACACCUUGAGAGAUACUGUUUCUGAUUCUUAUUUUUCCAUUCUUGACAGAAUUUUGGAAGUGCACUGCCGUCCAAUUUUCCUGCUCCAUCCAGCAAACUCGACAUCUUGAAUAAGGUAACAUAAAAAUACUGCAAGGCUGUUUGAAAAUGAUAUUUAGAGAAUCAAAGUAAUUCCUGGUCAUUUUGAUCCAAUAAGAUCCAGAGUCCAGCCCCUGGUAAAUCACCGGGAAACUGCCUGAAGCUAGCUGCAAUCAAAAGGAUGAGAGAUGCUGGUUGGACGGCUGUUACUGGCUGUGACAGUAAAAAGAAGAAGACUGUUGAGAAGAUCUUUGCAUAA